GAUUUAUCAAUUUAUUACUAAUAAAUUGUGUGUUCGCCAAUUAAUUGAGCUGAUUGCACAACGGGCUGGGUACUACACACUAAACCCCGUGAUAAGUUAUCUGUGAAUACUUAAGCGUUGGCUACCCAAAUAAUUCAGUCGGGAAAGUAACGUGAAAGCAUUUGGACGACACCAGCAUAAAGAGUCAUUCGCAUCUACUUGCUUAGAAGGGUUUCGGCAGCCGUUAAUAACGUCCAUUCACUAUGACCGUUGCCAACGGGGUAGACAAGGACGAAAAGUCCUAUUACAACAAUAACUUGAUAAUGGCAGAAUCCUUUCCGGAAAACGAAAAAAAGGCAAAGGCUAAAAUGCAAAUCUCUAAUGGUGACGGACAAGAAGUUCCGACGAGCAAAAAGGAGAAAAAAUCAAAAAAAGGAGAUGACGACAAAAAAGAUGUCGAGGAGCCGGUUGCAUUUUUCAAAAUGUUUCGAUAUGCGACGAUGAAGGACCGAUUAUUAUAUGCCUUGGGAAUUAUAUGCGCCAUAGCGACCGGUCUGACAACGCCUGCCAAUAGCUUGAUCUUUGGUAAUUUAGCAAAUUCAAUGAUCGAUUAUGGCACUCCAGUAAAUGGCACAACCAGCUCGGCAGUGGAUUCUCUUUUGGAUGCAGUGGAAACAUUUGCUUUUCAAAAUAGUAUGAUUGGCAUUGUGAUGCUUGUGUGCAGUUAUAUAUCGAUAACGACCUUCAAUUAUGCCGCUCAAGCACAAAUUGUGCGCAUUCGCGGAAAAUUCCUGAGGUCGGUGUUACAUCAGGAUAUGUCAUGGUACGAUUUCAACCAGAGUGGAGAAGUGGCUAGCAGAAUGAACGAAGAUUUGUCCAAAAUGGAGGAUGGUAUAGCCGAAAAGGACGUUAUGUUCUUGAACUAUAUUGUGGCCUUUAUUGGUUCCCUAGUGCUGGCUUUUUACAAAGGUUGGCUACUGGCGUUAGUCUGUCUUAGCAGUCUACCGGUUACUUUCAUAGCACUGGGCGUUGUUUCGAUCGCGACUUCAAAGCUGUCGAAAAAGGAACUGAAUGUUUAUGCUAAAGCUGGAAAUAUUGCAGAAGAAGCAUUGAGCGGCAUUCGAACUGUGAAAACUUUUGAGGGCGAAUACAAGGAAAUCUGCGCCUAUAAAUCGCAAAUUGUUGACGCUCGGAAAGUAAACAUCAAGCGAAAUAUGUUUUCUGGCAUCGGAUUCGGGCUCCUCUGGUUUUUCAUCUACGCUUCCUACGCCUUAGCUUUCUGGUUUGGUGUUGGUUUAGUCUUAAAGAACUACGCUGGAGAAGAAGCUUACAGCAAUUACACUCCUGGUAAUAUGAUUACGAUAUUUUUCUCAAUCAUGAUGGGUUCCAUGAAUAUUGGCUUAGCCGCGCCGUAUAUCGAAGCUUUUGGCAUUGCAAAAGGUGCAUGCGCCAAAGUAUUCAAAAUCAUCGAACAAGUACCGACAAUCAAUCCAAUCGAGCCGAAAGGCAGGAAUUUGAACCAACCUUUGGUACAUAUCGAACUACGCGACGUUAGUUUCAAAUAUCCAUCACGCGAGGAGGUGCUAGUUCUUAAUAAAUUAAAUUUGAAAAUACAUCGUGGCCAAACGAUAGCGUUAGUUGGUUCAUCGGGUUGUGGUAAAUCAACGAUUAUCCAACUUGUGCAGCGUUUCUAUGAUCCACAAGAAGGCAGCGUAUAUUUCAAUGACACCGAUUUGAAGGACAUAAACAUUACUUCGUUGAGGGAGUGUAUAGGUGUCGUCGGUCAAGAACCAGUACUAUUUGGCACUAGCAUAUUUGAAAAUAUUCGUUAUGGCAGAGAGGAUGCUACAAAAGAGAUGGUCAUUGCGGCUGCCAUCGCGGCAAAUGCUCAUAUUUUCAUAAAUAAAUUGCCAAAAGGACUUGAUACAUUAGUUGGUGAACGUGGCGCUCAACUGUCGGGUGGACAGAAACAACGUAUCGCUAUUGCACGUGCGCUCGUGAGAGAUCCCGAAAUACUGCUAUUGGACGAGGCAACCUCUGCAUUGGAUACAGCCAGCGAAGCGAAAGUACAGGCGGCUCUUGAAAAGGCGAGCAAAGGCCGUACAACAAUUAUUGUUGCGCAUCGCUUGUCGACCAUUCGACGUGCUGAUCGUAUUGUAGUAAUCAAUAAGGGCGAAGUAGUCGAAAGUGGCACACAUUCUGAAUUGAUGGAACUGAAGUCUCACUAUUUUAACUUGGUUACAACUCAACUGGGAGACGAGCCUUUGACUGACGACGCUCAAAAUGCUGAAAAGUCUCAAAAUUUCUUCGGCUCGAAAGACGAAGAUGAGGAACUUAUUGACAUUAAAUAUGAGGAGGAAGCUUUAGUUGAUGAAGAUGAAGAGAGUUCGCUGUGGCCUAUUUUAAAGAAGAAUAAACCGGAAUGGCCACAACUUUUGUGUGGGAUGAUUUCUUCGGUUAUUAUGGGCUUUGCUAUGCCUAUUUUCGCUGUGCUUUUUGGAGGAAUACUUGAAGUAUUGGCCGCUAAAGAUGAUCCACAAUAUGUACGUGACAACACCAAUCAAUAUAGUAUAUAUUUUAUGGUAACUGGUAUCAUCGUUGGUUUUGCCACUUUCCUUCAGAUAUACAUGUUCGGUAUUGCGGGUGAGAAGCUUACGGAACGUUUAAGAGGUUUGAUGUUUGAGGCGAUCCUGAAGCAAGAAGUCGCUUGGUUCGACGAUAAAGCCAACAGUACGGGAAGUCUUUGCGCGAGGCUUUCUGGUGACUCAGCUGCUGUUCAAGGUGCAACUGGGCAACGUAUUGGAACUAUUGUACAAUCACUGGCCACUAUCGGGCUAGGUAUUGGCUUAUCUAUGUACUAUGAAUGGAGUUUAGGCUUGUUGGCAUUGGCAUUCGCACCAUUCAUUCUAAUUGCGUCGUAUUUGCAGCGCAAAGUUAUGGCUCAGGAAAAUAUGGGCACUGCUAAAACUAUGGAAAAUUGCACAAAGCUUGCCGUUGAGGUCGUCUCCAAUAUACGCACAGUAGCGUCAUUAGGCAGAGAGGAGAUGUUUUACCGACAAUACAUGGAAAUGCUUUACCCCGCAAUGGCUAAAGCUAAGAAGAAUACGCACUUCCGUGGCUUAGUGUAUGGAUUGGCUAGAUCUCUUAUGUUCUUUGCUUAUGCGGCUUGUAUGUACUAUGGAGGUUGGUGCGUGGUAAACAGGGGCAUGGAAUUCGGUAAUGUUUUUAAGGUUUCACAAGCCUUGAUCAUGGGCACAGCCUCAAUUGCCAAUGCAUUAGCCUUUGCUCCCAAUUUCCAGAAGGGCAUUACGGCAGCUAAGAAAAUAUUUUUACUGCUAAGUCGCGAACCGAAAAUUCUUGAUAAACCGGGUGUGUCGAGAGACCCAUGGCACGCAGAAGGCAAAGUUGACUUCACUGAUGUCACGUUUAGCUAUCCUACACGUAAAGAAAUUCCGGUAUUAAGAGGCAUAAUACUGAAUGUAAUGGAGGGGAGAAAAGUGGCUUUAGUGGGUUCAUCUGGAUGUGGAAAGUCCACAUGCAUUCAGUUGUUGCAACGCUUCUAUGAUGUCGAUGCCGGUUCAGUGGGCAUCGAUGAUGUCGAUUUACGAAAUGUGUCCCUCUCCAAUCUACGCCGUCAGCUCGGUAUUGUCUCUCAGGAACCCAUUUUGUUCGACAGAUCUAUUAGGGAGAAUAUUGAAUAUGGCGAUAAUAAGCGGGAGGUCUCCGAACAGGAGAUAAUCGCUGCAGCCAAAAAAGCGAAUAUACACAAUUUUGUAUCGGCACUGCCAUUGGGCUAUGAGACGCGUAUGGGUGAGAAAGGCGCACAAUUGUCUGGUGGUCAAAAGCAGCGAAUCGCCAUCGCUCGUGCAAUGGUGAGAAAUCCGAAAAUUUUGCUACUUGACGAAGCCACAUCUGCUCUUGAUGCUGAGAGUGAAAAGGUUGUUCAAGAUGCUCUCGACGCAGCUAGUGAAGGAAGAACAACCAUCAGCAUUGCUCAUAGAUUGUCCACAAUUGUCGACUCUGAUGUGAUAUUCGUGCUCGACAAUGGGCAAGUUGCUGAAAGCGGUUCACAUAAGGAGCUGCUGAAGCUGCGUGGCAUCUAUUAUACGCUGUGGAGAUUGCAAACCGGUGGUUAAUGAUAAUGUUACGGUUAAUGAUAGUAUUAGUUGUGUUCCAAUGCUCAAUGAUCGGGGUCCGGAAAAAAAAUUUUGCACGAAAAUACAACAAUAACGAUGUGCUCCUGAUGGAGAUCCAGUUCAAAUUAUGAUAACUUUUGUUCGUUUUGCUUUACGUCAUUGGUAGCACUGACAAGUGAAUGUAUACAGAAACAUGAAUUAAAUUAGAAAAGCUUUCGCUUGAGAGAUAAAUUAGAGGCUGAAUAAAGCAAAAUAGAAUACAA